AUGGAACAGCGAGAUCCUAAAUUCUCAUUUCACUCAAUUGAACCUUUUACCGAAGGGCGUAUUCCUUCGUGGGACUUUUACUUGGAUGGAAAUUGCUUGGAGGGUGAUGUCACUGAAUCCCAUCUUUCAAAAUUUUCCAAAUUAAGGUUCUUAUCUUUGUCAGAUAACUCCUUAUCUCUAAAAAUAGACCCUAACUGGGUUCCUCCUUUUCAAAUAAUAUAUUUGGGACUAAGAUCUUGCAAGUUGGGUCCUAGCUUUCCUAGUUGGCUCCAGACUCAACGCUCUUUAGUUUCUCUGGAUAUUUCUGAUAAUCGGCUUAAGGGUUCAGUACCAAAAUUGUUUUGGGACAACUUGCAAAAUGUUGAAUAUUUGAAUAUGUCUCAGAAUAAUCUCACUGGUGCAAUUCCUAAUAAUAUAUCAUUCAAGCUUUUCAAUAGACCGUCCAUAUUUCUGAAUUCAAAUAAUUUUGAAGGCAAAAUUCCGCAAUUUUUACUACAAAUUCCUGUGUCCAUGGGCAGCCUUGUUAAAUUGAAUGUCUUGGUUUUACGAAACAAUAACCUGACGGGUGAAUUAGCUUCCACUUUGAAGAAUUACAGCAAUUUAAUUAUGUUGGAUGUGGCUGAAAAUAUGUUUUAUGGCCCAAUACCAUCAUGGAUAGGAGAAAGUAUGCAGCAAUUGAUAAUCUUGAGCAUGCGAGGGAAUCACUUCUCUGGACAUCUUCCUAUUCAACUCUGUUAUUUGAAGCACAUUCAAUUAUUGGAUCUUUCGAGAAAUAUGUUAUCAAAAGGAAUUCCAUCAUGUGUGGAACAGGUGUUCAAGAAUCCAGAGUUACAGCUUAAGAUCAUUGAUAUUUCAAGUAAUAAUUUAAGUGAGUCCAUCGAUUUAUCAAGAAAUCAUUUCAGUGGGAAAAUUCCUUCUUCUCUUUCUGAAAUUGACGAUCUGGGGAAACUAGACUUGUCACAGAACUCUCUUUCAGGAAGAAUUCCAUGGGGAAGACACUUUGAAACCUUUGAUGGGUCUAGUUUUGAAGGAAACAUUGAUCUUUGUGGUGAACAACUCAAUAAAAGUUGUCCUGGAGAUGGAGAUCAAACAAUAAUAAAGCUUUCAAAAGCUGAAGCAACCAAUGAUGAUGAAGAUAGCUGUUUCAAUGAGGCAUUAUACAUGAGCAUGGGGAUCGGAUACUUCACUGGAUUUUGGAGCUUAGUAGGGCCAAUGCUACUUUGGCGUUCUUGGAGAAAUGCUUAUCUGAGAUUCCUAAAUAAAUUGACAGACAGUAUAUGUGAUCAGUUGUAUUGA